GUGUUCAUUGAGUCAGCGGCCAUGCGCAAUGUGUUCAGAGGAGGGCUGUGAGGUGUUGUCUUCAUAAGAUCUCCUCCUCAGCGGGAUUGCACAUAUUCACCGUCGACUGGGGAUCUCAGGAACAUCUGGAGCCAUUUGUGUAUCUUCUAGACGCAGUGGUUUUGCGCGAAAAGCUCAAGUCCUGUUACGUCUGAACAGGAGGCAGAAUAAAUUAAAUCUACAAUGAAACUCAAACCGAACCAGACGAGGACAUACGAUGGAGAGGGUUUUAAGAAAAGAGCGGCGUGCCUGUGCUUCAAGAAUGAACGUGAAGAAGAGGUUCUGCUGGUCAGCAGCAGCCGGCAUCCGGACCAGUGGAUUGUUCCCGGAGGAGGGAUGGAGCCAGAGGAGGAGCCAUGUGGCGCCGCUGUGCGAGAGGUGUUUGAAGAGGCCGGUGUAAAGGGCAAGCUCGGACGUUUGCUUGGUGUAUUCGAGCAAAACCAAGAUCGGAAGCACCGAACGUAUGUGUAUGUGUUGACUGUCACGGAGACGCUGGAGGCCUGGGAAGACUCAGUCAACAUCGGCCGGAAGCGGGAAUGGUUCACAGUGGAAGAGGCCAUCAAAGUGCUGCAGAGCCACAAACCCGUACACGCAGAGUACCUGCGGAGACUCCAGCUCAGUUGCUCUCCCACCAAUGGAAACUCUAUCCUCCAGAGCCCACCGCAAAACGACAACUACCCCCAUUAUGGCGCAACCAACACCACACCCUCAACGGGCAGUGUGCUGGCUUCUUCCCACAGAUAGGACUGCACCUCAGCCUCCUGUUCUGCCCCCCUGGGACAGUUUACUCAAAGUCUGUACAGUCUCUUGCAUGAAUCUAAAGACUCCACGGAGCUGAGGCUCUCUUGUAUUUAUAAAAUAAUAGCUGCAAGACUGACCAAAGCCAUUACCAGGACUGUGGUAAAGACUGAGCAGAAGAAACUUGAGCUCACAUCUGAAUAUGGCUCACUGAUGAACACUGUUUUUUCUUUUUCUGGCAACGUGCAGUUUAUGAAGAGGAAGCUGGCGUGACCAACCUACAGUGAAGGGAUGCCUUACAGAAAUUUUGUAUGAAUGUUGUAUUUGGGUUGUUUUAUUUCACCUUUUGGUCAUUUUUACCUUUCAGCUGUGCUGGUAGCCAAUUAAAGGGUAACUGACCCCCAAAGCACACCAAUGUGCAGAAUGUUUCCUAGAUGUUAAAAAGUCAUCAACACAUGAUGCUACAUGAUCUCCCUUCUAACACUACUUCACAGAAUUGGUGGUGUUUUAUUAAAAUUACCUAAAGUGAGAGCACUGGGCUAUUUUAAGUAGUUAAUACUGAAAAAAAGAAAAGAGUUCCAUAUGAUAAAAGUUGUCAAUAACUCUCUACCUCAGUAAACUGAAAACUGGAUACGAUCCUGAGCUGUGACCUCCUUUGACGCAGCGUUAAUGCUUAGAAUUAAACUUCAGCCUCCAGAGUUGCACGUCAGUUGUCUCGGUUUGACCCAACGGAUACUUGAGCACCACCUUGUAUCAGUGCUUACUCUACUUAAGUAUUAAGUUGUGCAAAUGCCUUAGGCGUUACGCUGCAGAGCUCAUCUGAGUUUCUGCUAAUCGGUCAGGAAAAUGGAUUUAUACAAUUUACUCAUACCCUGUCUCAUGUCCGUUAAUGAUCAAUUGUCUGACUAAUAAAAAUCAAGGGCUGCAGCAAGUUGAUCAGCCACUUAUAAAUUUGAUUUCUGUUAAUGUGUUUGAGAAAAAUUGAAGGCUAAAGAUUUAAAAAGACACUGGCUGAACGAUCAAGUUUCCAAAUAUUAAAUGCAGUGUUGAUAUGACAUUUAUGUCUGGCACCUCCAGCCCAAACAAACAUCCUCAAUACAUUUAAAUUCCAAAGAAAUGCAGCUUAUGUUAGCUGCUAAAUUUCACACUAAAGAUGAAUAUUUCUGGCUGGCUCAUCCAAUCUGCUUCGACAGCUGAAUGACAACUAAUUAAAAACAAUUCAGAUUUGUAAAAAAUCUUUUAAAGGGGGGUUUUUAACCCGAAUGAACCUGUACAUUUUCUCUUCAUAUUUUCUAUAUUUUUUAAUGAUGCAGGAAAAGACUACACCUGCUGAGUGUGUACAGUGUAUGAUGAUUGUAAAUAGACAAUGUGCAACAGGACAGGUUGGUGGAACAAAUCCUACAACAAAUCUGUUCAGUUGUUACAGAACGAGAUGUCCUGUUAAAUGUAGUGGUAUUAUAAGGCCUGACAGCACAGAAUGAAAAUAUUAGUUUCUUACCAGAGACUUUAAACAAAAAGGUUGACAUGUUUUAGGGAAAUGGCUAAAAACAAAGAACUUUCUCUAAUUUUUUUUAAACAUAAAUAGCAUUUUGCUAACAGUUUGGUGCCAACCAGGCACAUGUAUGUAGAAUAUAAUUUUAUUCAUUUAUUUUCUAAUUGUAGUGUUUUGAGAUUUGAGAUGAUCAGAUACUUUUUUUUUCUUUUGAGAUUUGGAAAUAAUAAAAAAAAAAACAUACACUGGCAGGAACAGCAGUUUUAUAGUAGAUAACUUCUUGUAAUCUUUUGGCUAACAACACUUUUCUCUACCUGGAGAACUUUGAUCUCGCUUUGUUGCAGCGCUGUGGCAUUUUAUCUCCAGUGUCAUAAACUUUGAUUCCCCAGUUCACCGGUCAUUACGUUCCAGCCUUGCUUCACUCAUGUCUGCCUCUGUGGAUGAAUGUUUAUCACAAGUUGAUGAACUUGAAAUGUCAUGUGCCAAUUUUCAAAACUUGUGUUCAGGUGGGAAAAAAAUAGUUGAUCUGUUUGAGUAAGUUUUUUUUUUUUUUAAGAGAUAAAGAGACGGUAUCCUCCAUUUUUCAAAGCAUUUAUUCAUCCCACGCUGUUUUACCCUUCUCAUGUAAUUUCACACAGACUACAAUUUAAAUUUAACUUGAACCUGUUAAUCCAGAUGUUUCCAGAUGUAAACAGCAGAUCUGUGCAGGCUGAAGCACAUUUGUCUCCACUUGCUGAAAUGCUGCUGAAUGUUCAGGUCUUGGUUGAUUUAGAACUGGUUCUAUUAUUUGUUUUAACAUUUGAAUGAAAGUAAAUCAGAGACUUGUCACAGUUUUAUCAUAUUAUGCAAAGUUAAAUGUGAACAUUAUUUGUACUGGAAAGAUUGUCUCUUUAAAAAGAUUGCAUUAAAGGGGAAACCUAUUACUGAAAA